UCCUUCUCCAGUCCAUGGCCACAAAACAAAUCCUUAGAGCUCAGCUACGCUCUUAUCCUGCAAAUGGUCACUCUGCAUACGUCCCACAGGUCAGGAAAAUAGUAUUAGAAUAUUGCCAGAAUCUUCCUUCAUCCACCAAUGCUCGUACUUUCAUAUUAAAUGACCUCCAGCGUGUUGCAUGGCAGAAUCCACACGUUGAAUUCGUGGUCAAGCAGCGCAACGGUCAUGAACCAAUAGCAAGGGGAUUUUAUGGUUGUGUGGCUUCUUUUUGUGAUACCGAACACUCAUCUGACCUGAUCGUAGUUAACGGUCGUGACAAGGUCAUUCCACUGCAGGAGUUCGAAGUUAAUGGUGUGGAGAAAAAAGUUCAAUUACUCCUCGACUCCUCGGGCGCGAAGAUAAAGCAGCUGAAAAGAGGCCGUAUUGUGGAGAGUACGACAGAGGCUACAAGAGGCAUUUGGAGUGGGUUGCAUGUCGACACCCCGUUCAAAAUAUAGACGGGGUUAUAGUUAGUUAUCAUAUCCAUAUCGUACCUUUUCUCACUCCGCGUCUAAUGGAAUUUUGCAGCUCUUGCGAUAAAA